GUACCAGAUCACAUUUAACCAGUGUUAAAUUUGUAGUAGCUGUCAAAAUGGGAAAAUCCGAAAAAAGAAAAAGUAGGAAUGGAACUCAAGCUGCUGCUAAUGCUAACAAAAAUGCUAAUGAGACAAGUCAAGCGCGAAAAGAACUUUUGACAGAGAACAUGCAUGACUACAUGAGCCAUGAUACUGAUUCUGCAGAAUUCAUGCUGUGCGAGGAAGAAUUUCCCUGCCUUCCAGAAACCCCAGGUAAGUCCCCUGCCAUCAAACAACGCAAGGCCGAGAGCGCUGACACAACUGCCAUCCUCUCACAACUCGGGGAGCUUUCGAGGCUGAUUAAUAAUCGUUCUGAUGCUUUGGAAAAGAUGGUGGGGGAAAACUCACGUGUGAUCGCUAGUAUGAAAGAAACAAUCAACGAAAAUACCAGACAGAUUUCUGGAGUGAAGGAUGUGAUUGACUUUAUGAGUGCCGAAGUAAAAGAUCUGAAAGUCAAAGUCGGUGCGACUGAGUCACUAGCCAAGAGAGUCGAGUUUAACUGGCAUGAACAGGAGAAACGGCUUCUGCACCUUGAAGCUUACUCACGUCGUUGGAGUCUUAGAGUUCACGGGGUCCCUGAAAGUGAGAGAGAAAAUGUCCGAGGUAAGAUCAUCGACGUUUGCCAGCAGCUUCUGCCAGAUGCGAAAGACAAACUCCCGGAUGCCGUGGAUACCGUUCAUCGCCUGGGUCGAAAACGGCUGAACGACAGCAAGCCCAGAGGAAUCAUCAUACAGUUUACCUCUCGUUUUCAACGCGACGCGGUCUGGCGUGCUGCUAAGGAUUCAAUUUUCCUUAGAAAUAACAACCUGAAAAUAUCCGAGGAUCUGUCUCAAGCAGAUAGAGAACGAAGAAACCAGUUAUGGCCCGUCGUGGAAAAGGCCAGAAAAGAAAAUAAGCGGGCUUAUUUUGUGGGUGGAAGGGCAUUUGUAGAGGGAGCUGAGAUUUUCCCUCCUAAAUGACUAAAAUAAGUUUCUCGUUUAUUCUUAUUAUCUCUCGACUUUAAUAUUGCUUCCAUCCUUUUGGCUUGCUGGCCCUCUUCGAUGUUCUGGACCAUCAUCAGUCUACAGUUCUUCCAAGGACACCGAAGACACUCGUCUGGCGGUACUACACUUUUGAUUACUAUGUAAGACAUUUAAU